AUGAGUGCCUGUGUGUGGGUGCUUUUGUAUUCCUUUGUGCAGAAGCGGCAGAUUACUUCCCUCGAUGAGUCGCACUGGAGCGAGCCGGAAUAUUGCAAGCGCUACAGUCUGUUCUACGCAUAUGCAAAGACGAUGGUGGAAAAAGAAGUGUGGAGAGUAGCAAAAGAAACCGGGUUCGACAUGGUGGUGGUGAACCCAUCGUUCGUGGUUGGCUCCUUGCUUACUCCACACCCCACCAGUACUCUGCUCUUGAUACUCGCCACAGUUAAAGGUUUGAGAGGAGAAUACCCGAACACCACAGAAGGGUUUGUGCACAUAGACGAUGUGGUUGCUGCUCACAUCUUAGCUAUGGAGGAAAGCAAAGCCUCAGGCAGGCUGGUAUGCUCUAGCUCAGUUGCUCAUUGGACGCAGAUCAUCGACAUGCUGAGGGCCAAAUUCCCAUCUUAUCCUUUCGAAAACGUGUGUAGCAGUCAAGAAGGAGACAAUUGUGCACACAGCAUGGACACGAGCAAGAUACAACAGUUGGGCUUCCCGCCCUUCAAAUCCAUUCCUGAAAUGUUUGAUGAUUGCAUCAAGAGUUUCCAACACAAAGGAUUUCUGUGAACUUCAUUUCCAUUGCCCU